AAGUUCUUUGCACUGCUUCGAGCUUGUAGGCAUAAGCUUAGUGUCACGCUAUCUUAUCUAAUACGAAAAAUGGCGCAGAUAUUUCGCAGGGUGAAUGUCUUGUGCGCUACUACUACGUGUGAAUUUGUGCCAAAAUAUGAACAUUCGGUGGUUGUUACGCUAGACUACGAUCCUCAGGGCCUCAGCGCAAAAAUUCGGAAAGAUGAGAGUACUUACGACAGUAUUGGUGAAUAUCCCAUUUCGAGGGCAACUGAAUGUGCUAGAGUGGGACCACAAGGUUAUGUAUUCACUUUUGAUACGGAGAGCCUCCUAUUCAGAUUUCAGAGUGUAGCAGAUGCUAGAGCAUUUCACGAAGCUGUAAGCAAAGUAAAACUUGGAAAGGAUUCGUCAGUUUUUACAGAUCGCACUGAAGACUCUUCAGCCAUGCAGUAUUUCCAGUUUUAUGGAUAUUUAUCCCAACAACAAAAUAUGAUGCAAGAUUACAUUAGGACAAGCACGUACCAAAGAGCAAUUUUGGCAAAUUUAGAUGAUUUCAAAGAUAAAGUUGUCUUAGAUGUUGGUGCGGGGUCAGGAAUUUUGUCAUUUUUUGCUAUUCAAGCUGGAGCAAGAAAAGUUUAUGCAGUUGAGGCAAGCACAAUGGCACACCAUGCAGAGACCCUGGUGAAUGCAAACAAUUUGAAAGGAAAGAUAGUAGUAAUUGCAGGCAAGGUGGAAGAAAUAUCUCUUACAGAGAAAGUUGAUGUCAUUGUUUCAGAACCAAUGGGUUACAUGUUAUACAACGAAAGAAUGUUAGAAACAUACCUACAUGCUAAAAAGUGGCUUAAGGAUGGAGGUAAAAUGUUCCCAACCAGGGGGGAUCUGCAUAUAGCCCCCUUUACUGAUGAUAACCUUUACAUGGAGCAGUUUAACAAAGCAAAUUUCUGGUAUCAGCAGUGUUUCCAUGGAGUGGACUUAAGCAGUUUAAGGCAUGCUGCAAUGAAAGAGUAUUUCCGGCAACCCAUAGUGGACACAUUUGAUGUCCGUGUUUGUAUGGCAAAGUCUGUCAGGCAUACUGUGGAUUUUCAGCAGGCCAGUGAAACAGAUCUCCAUCGAAUCGAAAUUCCUCUGCAGUUUCACCUGUUGGAAUCUGGAACAGUUCAUGGAUUAGCGUUCUGGUUUGAUGUUGCAUUUAUUGGCAAAAAUUCAACAAUAUGGCUCUCAACAGCUCCAUCAGAGCCUCUCACACAUUGGUACCAGGUUAGAUGUCUCUUGGAGACACCAAUUUUUGUGAAAGCUGGACAGCUGCUUACUGGAAGAGUUUUGCUUUUAGCCAAUCAAAGGCAGAGUUAUGAUGUAACGAUUGAGCUAUGUGUGGAAGGCACAGGUACAAGGUCAUCUAAUACACUGGACUUAAAGAACCCUUAUUUCCGUUACACGGGACAAGCAGCACAACCUCCACCUGGUGUCAAUCAUACCUCUCCAAGUGAAACAUACUGGAGCCAGAUCGAUGCACAGGGAGCACGUCAGGCAGUGAAUAUGGUGAAUGGAAUAGCAGUGAAUGGUUUGGGAGAAGUUGCCACGAUAGAUGCAAGUCAGACAGCACCCAACCUAAUGGGACUGGGUAAGCAACUCAGCCAUUAUCUGAUUAUAGAUGGUCAACCGAAUAUUCACCCAGGAUCCAUUUCGAGUACUGGACGUCAACGAGUAUGUGCAGGAACUGCUACAUCUACCCAGGCUGCCCAGUUGAUAGGUGGUGGAAUAUCGCCAACGUUAUUUACAUCACCGACUCAUCAACUAGUCCUCCAGAAUACUUCUCAUUACCCAGUGAACAACAGUUUAAUGAUAGGAGACUAUGUAACUCCUGGCAGCACAGUGUUGACAGCACAGAGUUACAGACAGUGAGUCCGUGGAUAUAACAAACAAAACUGAGGUUUUUACUUGCAACUUGUGUGUAGACUUUAAGUGGAAGUACCACUUUUUAAGGGCUGCUAAUAUUUUAUGUAAAGUGGCUUGCUCUCAUGUUGUAAAUCCGAAGAAAAGUGUUGUCACCUCAACUACCUCUGAGAUGAGCUCUGUGUGUGUGUGUGUGUGUGUGUGUGUGUGUGUGUGUGUGUGUGUGUGUGUGUUUUUUGUGUGUGCACACAUGCGUGCAUGUGCACACAUGUGCUGUGCAUACUUACGGAUUAUUUCUCAAAGGAUUGAGAAAUGUAGGUAUCACUACAUAACAGACGAAGAUUUUACCAAAUUUACAUAAGAGAAGACUGACUUAGCAUGCAUAAGUGUAGAAGUAUGAAGGAUUGUAGAACUGGAGCAUGUAUUAUACAGUUCCAUCUUGUAUUCAAAAGUAAGUCUUUUACAGCUUCUGUGAAGUAUACAUUCAGCUGAUGCCUGAUAAGCAUAGAUCAGGAGCUACAGUAUCUGUGCCUCUGUGUUGUGGUGUCAGUUUUCCUGAGUUGAAUGGUGGUGUGUUAGUGACAUAUAGAAUUUAAAUGUGUGUGACCAGAAGAAGGAAAAUGAACUUCUCAGUUUGGUUGCAAUUCCCUCCCCAUCCCUGCCCCCCCCCCUUCUCCCCCAAAUCCAGUAUUCCUAUGUGAGUGCUUAUUGUUUUAAAUGACAAUGAAUUUAAAAUUGGUUUUAAUUUAUUUUAUUUGUAUUUUUAUAAUUGACAUUUUUAAUGUUUAAAAAUGCCUUAUUGCUGAUAAUAUGAAGACUUGUACUAUGUACGUUUUUUUAAAUACAUUUUAUAGGUUUUAAUUCUAAAUAUUGUAACAAUGCCAAGUAAUGAAAACCUUGGAACAAAUGUGAAUGUGUUCGUUUUAGAACAUUAUGCGAGUGUAGAUUUACUAUUUUACUUUCAAAUCAGGUUUAGAAAAAUUUUGAUUUUUCCCUCCCCUCUCCUUAUCACUAGUUUUUUGUGUUGCUUAAAAUUUGUGUGUGAUAGACAUUACUAGAAACUUACUGUUUGAUAUUGUGAUGUAUUUGAUGUAUUCAAUUAUAUUAGCCCCUCAAGUUGGUAGAGUCUGUGCGCGUGCCUAGUGCACUGGUGGUAGUUUAUAUGUCUGGCUGCUAAUGAACUUGCCGUAGUUAGGAAAUUAUUAGUAGGAAAGAAAUAAAGGUUUCAGAAAUUAACAAUAUAUGUUUGGUAUGAUUAAAACAUACAUUAUUAUUUAAAAUUGGUUUUAUUUAUACAAUAGCUUGAAAAAUAUCUUUGAAACAAAGUCCUACACUGCAGUCUCUGCAGCAGAAUGCUGUUUCUUGCAGCAUACUGUUCAUCUCAUUUUAAGCUUGCUCUUAUACGGUGUGAAAUGCCUUGUUGUGGGUGGUUCAGGCAUAACACCUUCUGAAGGGCAAUCACACAGAGAUUGAGCUACAUUCUUUCUGUGAAUUUCCAGAAGUUCUGGUGUGAGUAGUAGCCUGAAAUUUACAUGUAUUUGUUCCUUUGUCUUUCCACCGGCUUUAUAAAAAAUAAAGGCAUCAUGCACUAUAGUAUUAAUUAACCUUCUAAACAUAUUUAUGUACUACUUUACAUCUUCUUCCUUCCUUGACAGAAGGUUGUACUUCCAAUCUUUCAGAUCUACACCACCGAUAAAAAUAUUGUGUUAUUUAAUGCACUGAGGCUUUUGUACUCUUAUGCCUCUUGGGGUUACUGUAGCAACUAAAUCUGCAGCAUAAUGGUUCGUUUCACACGUGAUUAUUUCACACAAAUGUCUUUUUUAAUGCUUCUGCUGCAAAAUUCACCUAUAUCACAGGUUCACCUUUACCAACAAAUAGUGUUUUUAAAGGCAACAGAAGAAUAGUUGACUUCUUCCCACAUCCAGUCUUCUUCAUACUGACAUUUUGCACUGGUGCAACUCGUGUGACGUCCUCAUGAUCCUCAGUUUCUACUUCACAUUUUUUAUUGUUUCUUCCAAACUGUCAGUAUCAUUGUAAUCAUCAACUGUUGUAACAGUUAGACUGCAAAUGGCGAGUACACACUCAGAAUACUGCCAGUCCAGAUGCUCACAGUAUGUGAAUACGUACUCGGGGCACCCAACUUGAAGGGUUAAUAAAUAAGUUGCAUUGUAUUCUUUCUUUAUUGUUCAGAAUAUUUCUUUGUUGUGGUGAUUAAUAUGUAACUACACUUGCUAUCUUUAAUAGAUACAAGAUAUGUGUAAAACGUAGUGCAAUGUUGCUGUCAUUGUGAUUUACACAUAUUCUGCAUGGGAAUUUUGUGGAUGCUUGCCAUACCUUCUGUUGAAGUAGAGAAACAUGUUGCAAAAGCAGUUUUAUAACUGUGAGAGUGGAUUGUCACUACACAGUGAAGUUAAUAGGUUGUCUGAUCUGUAUAUGAGAAUCAAAUGCCUAUUGGCAUGUAGAAAAAGUCAGUUUUUUGCACAGCAGGUGAAUAGGCACUUACCCAUGAAAUAUUCAACAGAAUAAGUGACUUCAUGGGAACAAGACCUUGCUAAGCUUUAUUCUGAGAAACUAUAUUAUUGUAGUGUUCAUGACUUCACUGUGUCAGUGAUUAAACAUUUACAAUAAGAAGUUGUUUUCACAUAUUUAAAUGAUGUGAUAAUAUGGGCACUUCUUUUUUAUUUUAUUUUUUGAUUGUUCGUGACUUCACUCUUUUAGUGAUGAGGAUUUUACAGUUACUUAUUGUCUUCAUACCUGUAACUGUGUGGAGACUUGUUUGUUUUAGUGAUCAUGACUUCACUGUUUUUCAGUGAUUGUAAUUUACAAUUCAAUGUUGUUUUCAACUCUGUAAUAAUGUGAUAUGGGACCAGAAGUUCUCAAUUAUGUGAAAGUAUUGUACCAUUUUCUUUAUUUCUGUUUUGAAAAGUCCAUUCUGUUGCAGAUGAGUGUGAUUUAAAAAUGGAUUUGGUAAUAAAAUUGUGAUUGUCAGGAAAAAAUACACCAAUUACACUACUUUUAAAAGACUUUCAUUUGUAGGCAUUAAAUACACUUGUUUACUUCCU